UGUCCCUACUGCACCAAACUGCCGAGCAGCGCCCACAGGCGCUCAAGACUCUUCAAGGCUUCGGCACAGGGGCGGGGCUUCGCGCAUAGGGGUGGGGCUUCGGGAGUUACGGGCAGGGCUUCUAGCAAGAGGCUCAAUUAGAGGUCCUUAUUGAUGGGCGGGGUCUGCUGGGAAGUCAGCAUUCGACUGGUCUUCGGGAGGAGGCGGAAGCCGGAGCCUUGUGCUUGGAAGAGAUUGGUCCUCGGGAGGGGCGUGGCAAGAAUCCUGGUGUCCCUGCGUAAUUGGUCCUCUGCAGGGGCGGGCUUAGAACUGAUCGGUGAGUGGUUGGUUCUCGGGAGGAGGCGGACACAGGUUUGGGUCUUGAGUCUACGGCCUGGGGCUGGUUCUGGGAGCCAGCGUGCGGCGGUCCCGGCGGCGCCAUGGCUUUCUGCAGCUUCUUCGGGGGCGAAGUUUUCCAGAACCACUUUGAGCCAGGUGUCUAUGUGUGCGCCAAGUGUGGCUAUGAGCUGUUCUCCAGUCGCUCAAAGUAUGUACACUUCCCUUGGCCGGCAUUCACUGAGACCAUCCAUGCUGAUAGUGUGGCCACGCCCGAGCACAAUCGACCUGAAGCUCUAAAGGUAUCCUGUGGCAAGUGUGGCAAUGGACUAGGCCAUGAGUUCCUGAAUGAUGGCCCCAAGCGGGGACAAUCCCGAUUCUGAAUCUUCAGCAGCUCGCUGAAGUUCAUCCCUAAAGGCAAAGAAACUUCUGCCUCCCAAGGGCACUAGGUGCAGAGCUCACCCCCACCCCAGAUGGAUGCACCAUGGCCACACCCAGGCUGUUGCACCUUGGCAUUGGAACCCCAAGCAUUCAGACAGGGAGGCUGGACAAGGGUGGCUGAAACUUCAGGAAGUCCCAAGGUCUGGUUCUGAACAGAAUCUUCUUGGACAAAGCACUUCAUUGUGAUAGACUGCACCCUUCUGCCAGGAUGUCCUCAGAGGCAGUACCUGAGCCACUGGCUGUCUUGGCCUUUGACUCACACAGAGAUUCUAGGAGGUUUUGGGCUUAUGCGCCCCCCCCCUUUUUUUUU